AUGAUUUCAUUUAAGCAAAAAUUUGUGACUAGAAUUUGAGCUAGUUAUUACCAAAAGGCUAUAAUAAACACACCUCAGUCAACUCCUAAAGGUGAUCUCAAGACUUUAAGACUGCCUCUUGGACUACCUAAAGAGCUAGAGGAAAUUAAGAGAAAAGUAUUGGAGUCCAAAACAUUUUACGAUGUGCUUCAAACAGAUGAGGGAUUCCUGGCGCUUCAGAGUUUCUUAGUGUCUUACCAGACUAUGUACCUUGACCAGUUUACCUUCCAGACAAUGCUAGGUAACAUCCUUGAGAAUUAUGAUGAGUUUGAAGCCAUCGAGAUCUACGAUAUCUUAGAACCUUCAGGGGGAGGAGUGAUCUCUAUUAAGGAAUUUUACGUUUUUAUUCUCCUAGUCGCAGCUAUCUGUGAUGAAAAGUCUCUAGAAUGCCUCUAUCACCACACUCCUCUGAUAUUCAAGGUUAUCUCAGGUGAUCAGAAGUUCGUUAAUAAAGACAGAAUUGAGAGUAUUUUGAGGAUCGUUGGGUACGACGAAAUCGAAGCGCAAAAGAAAAUCGAUACUUUUGGCUUUACAAAUGAAAGCUUGGUUAAUGAAGAAGACUUUCAAUUACUGUUGUUCUCUAUUUUCAAAGAGAAUACAUCAAAUUUAAAUGAGUUCGAAAUGACACAGGAAGAAAUUAAGAUAGCUGAUGAGGAUAUAACUGAAUCUAUGAGAUUCGAAGAAAUCAAAAAUAAGUUAGAACUCAACUCUAUUGAUCAAUCAGAAGGUCAUGGCAAAUAAGCCAAUCGAAGAAGCUGAUUUCGAAGAUCCGUUUAAUGACAUGCAUUCGCCCAAUGAAGACCUAGCAGGACGGAAAGAGCUGACUAAUGCUCCACUUAAUAAUCCAGAUUAUGAUUCCAACCCUUAUGGAACAAAGGCUUAUUGAACAUCGAAGGGCGGCCACAAUUUAUCGAAUAAUACUCUCCUUAAUAAAGGCAAGAAGAGUGGUAAUCAAAAGUCUAUAGAUCCCUAUGCUGAUCCUCAGUUUGAGAAUGGAGCAUCUUAUCGUUCCAAAAGUCAGAGAUCCAAAAGUCAUAUCUCUCGUGAGAGCAUACACAGUAAGACAGAAGGGCAGAUCCAGACUAACACUCAGACAAGAGAUGAGACUUAUUGAUGAGGUAAGAAGAAAUGAAUUAUAUUUUAA